AGUGAUGAGAGCUGUAACAGAGGUUGUUGCUAUAAAAUUUUUGUCAAAUGCGUCAAAUGUUGCUCGGAGGUGGAAAUGACGGAGGAGAACUUGCCGGCGACUAACGGAACCGCCGCCAGUCCCCUCUAUGGGAAGAAAUCAGACAAGGAAGAAAAAAUUUCGCCCGCCAGCAAAACAAAAGAGUAACAAACAAAUUAAGACUUAUGGCGAUGAGGAUUAUGGGUUGGAUUUCAUUUUGCGCUGGUCACUGGAUCAAGGAGGAAGGAUUAAUAAAGAAUUUCAUGUUUCAAGUUUCAACUAUAAUCGAUUUACAAUAAUGCAAACAAACGCUCGA